AUGGAGGAACCAUUGAACACAAAUAAUAUGGAAGAAGCAAGCAUUCGUACCAGUUUUAUUAGGGAACAUUUAAAAUUCCAGGGAAUUCCUCUCGAAUAUCGUCCUGUCAUCCCUAAAGUAACAUAUUCUAAAUCAACACUUCAAACUGUUUUAGCAGUAGAUAUUCUGUUGCAAGAAUAUAUAACAACCGACAGUGACAUCGAUGAAAUCCGACACUGGAUAUAUAUAGCAGCAAGGACGGUUGUGAAACAAUUGGGACUAAUAAGAGAAGUAGAUCCGCCAAAAGGGAAGAAUAUUUCUGAUGUUAAAAGAAUCUUGGUCCACCUUGGAGGAGAAGGCUGA